GCAUGGCGGUUACGCCACCUCUGAAAAGCGAGGUUGAACUGCUACGCCCACUGAUUUAUCUAAUAAGAUGGCCACGAUGGAACAGAAAACUAAGCUCUAGUCGCGCAAUCGACACAUUAUGAUGUCAGAACCGAAACACAUCGUCGUAUUCUUUACAUGGGCGUCCGUGACCAUAGCUUUAACUCUUUCUCAGAGUAACCAGGAGCCCCCAAGACGAGGAAACGACCCUGAUAUACCAGAGUCAGUCAGCAAUACAUUGAAAGAAUUAAGUGAUAAAAAUGCUUCAGAAUGGUGUCUUAACUGGUACAAGGAAGAACUCGAAAACCCAAUAAAUAUGACGGACGUUCUACCGUGCGCCCCUACUUCAAACAUGGCUCGAUAUGACAGGCGGUACGAACGGGUCACCAGCGAUAUAUCUAGGUUUCAUCCUGGUGCUUCUGUUUGUUAUGUGGCAAAAGAAAUAACCAACGCUGGAGUUCAACAGGAAUGUUGUUACGACUCUGAAUGUAAACUCAUGGUUGGGCCAGGUGCAGACAACUCAUCCCCUGGACGACUCAUCCUCUGGACAACUCAUUCCCCAGACAACUCAUACACUGGUCAACUCAUCCCCAAGACAACUCAUACCCUGGUCAACUUAUCCUCUAGACAACUCGUCCUCUGGACAACUCAUCCCCUAGGCAACUCAUAUCCUGGUCAACUCAUCCCCUAG